AGCUAUUUUCAGGAUUUUUGUAUCAUUGUUAAUUUAAUUGUAAAAUUUUCGCCAAGAAGAUUUGAAACUUGUUUCAAGAAUGAAUUGGCUGUUGUUUUCCCUGAUUACGGUGUUGUUCUAUGCCGUACAAGGCGAGACAGCAGGCUCCGCAAUAAGCAAUGCACCAGAGUUGCCUUCGACCGCAAUUUCUUGUGGUUCAUCUGGAGUAAACAUUACAAUUGCCAAUUCAUAUCUCGCCAUGAACAACAUCACAAACGUUACUACGGUAAUACUAGUUAACGAAACGUCGCAGAAUGAAGCAUCCACCGCAUGCACAGGGGUAACAACAGGCGAUGGCUUCGUCAUACGACUGUCAUCUGGAUUUGAUAUGUGUGCCAAGAGUGUCAAUAAAACCGAAAACAAAACUUGUGUGACGUACCUGGUGCGCCUUAUUGUAGCACGACCGACAACUCUUAUAUCUCGUGUUCGUAGCUACGUGUUUAAUCUCAAAUGUGAAUACAACACUGAUCUCUCAGGGAACAUAAGAUCAAUCAUUCCAGUCAUACGAACACAUAACACGGUGGUAAAAGAAAAGAUUCAAGACUUUAGCGUUGAUAUGAGCCUGUUUACUGACUACAACUUUACAACGAAACUGCCACCAAGCAACCGCUCCGUAGUAAUUCCUGGUGUAUACAUCUACGUGGGAAUUUGGCUUAAAACAUUUCAAAUGUCCAAUACUAUAUUACAGGCACAUCAAUGCUGGGCAACACCUAAUAGAGAUCCUAAGAGCAAUCCAAUGUAUCACAUCAUAAGUGACAAUUGCCCUAGGACAGACCCGCUGGAUCCUUCAAAUGGAAUUAGAGUAAAAUCGAACUACGUAGGAAUACAUGUCGAAUUUGCAUUUAAAGCUUUCCGUUGGGUUGACAUGCCACUGAAUCGUCAGCGAAUUUUCGUCCAUUGUUUCAUGAGCGUGUGUGACCCAGAUAUUGAAGGGAAUUGCAAUGUUACAGGUUGCGCUACAAGCGGGCGGCGUCGUCGUUCUACUGAAAUGGAGAAAAGUACUUCGAAAGUGAUUACGAUGGGUCCCAUUAACGUGGAAACAUAUUCAAUACAAAAAGCAGCCUUGAAAAAAUCUUCCGAUUCGGGGAUUACUGCUGAUGAUCUUAAAAUAAACGGAUUGGUUAAGGAGCCAAAGAUCGAAAGAUUUGAUUCCUCACAGCUGAUCAAAGCGUAUUGUGAAAAGAUGGAGUGCGAGUACAAAUGUCAGAUGAACAGAGCUGGACAGCUUAUGUGCAUAUGCCCUAAUAAUUUUUACGUUGACAAUGAUGGAAAAGCGUGCGUCCGUUCUAAAUAUUUUUCAUACAGAUUCCCCAACCUUGCUCGACAUGGAGAAUUUCUGCAAUCGUAUUCUCAUUCAAAUAUUUUAGUCUUGGCAUUCGCGGUUUGCUUCAUUGUUCUGCUGCUGAAAUUUAUCAACAGAAAUUAUAUUUAAUAGUAGAGUUAUCGUUUUCAGCUUUAGCCAUCCACAUAUCGUAAUUACAUCUAAAUUUUAUCUUCGUGAGAAAUGUUAAACUCAAAAAAAUUGUUUAGUAAUACCAGCUGUAUCAAAAGUACAUAAAUAUACAAAUAUAAUCGGAAACCGA